AUGGCUCAUGCAGUUGCUGUUCCCAUUCCCUGCCCAGUCCAGCUCGGGAGUAUAAAAGAUGACUCUUUAGAAGCCCAACUACAUGAGUAUGUCAGGCAAGGAAACUACGUGAAAGUGAAGAAAAUUCUGAAAAAGGGCGUUUCUGUCGACGCAGGAAAUUCCUUGGGCCAAACCUCUCUCUUCACUGCUGCAUUGUUAGGUCUUGGUAAAAUAGUGGAUGUGCUGUUGGAUUAUGGCUCAGACCCUAAUCAUCGCUGCUAUGACGGAAGCACCCCGGUCCAUGCAGCUGCCUUCUCAGGAAAUCAGUGGAUUCUUAGCAAGCUGCUGGAUGGAGGAGGUGAUCUGAGAGUGCAUGACAAAGACGGAAGAAAUCCACAAUACUGGGCAAUGUCAGCUGGAAAAGAAAGUAGUGCUCAGAUGUUGGAAUUUAUACAGCGCUGUACAUCACACAUGCAAGCUGCCAUUCAAAAUUUUCCCUCCGAUCUACUCAGGAAGGUUGACUCAUCGAAAGCACUGAUCUGUAGUCCGUCCAGGUUUGGUGCUCUUGUUCAAGGGAAUGUUGAGAGUCCUAUUAGCAGAUUUCUGAAAAGUGGAGCUAAUUCAGGCAGGAAUAUUUACAGCUUUGGUUUUGGGAAGUUUUAUCUUACGGGCAGCAAACAUCUUGGAUACUUGGCCUCUCUCCCUAUUAUUGGGGAAAAAGAAGUGGUCCAGGCAGAUGAUGAACCAACAUUUUCCUACCAUGUUGGACCAUACAUGAUCAUGACAAAUUCAAUGUGGGGAGGCAGCAGAGUUACAGUGAAGGAACUCAGCUUUGAGCCCCAUCAGAACUGCAGUAAACUGCGCUUUGCAGAUCUUCUCAUUGCAGAGCAGGAAUAUAGCAGUAAACUUCGUCAUCCUCAUUUGCUGCAGUUGAUGGCUGUUUGUCUGUCUAGUGACUUGGAAAAAACCCGCUUAGUUUAUGAGAGGGUUAACUUUGGUUCUCUCUACAGCAUUCUCCAUGAACGGCGUUUGGAAUUCCCUGUGCUGCGUAUGGAGACAAUUUUACAUCUGCUACUCCAAAUUAAUGACACUUUGCGUUUUUUACACUCCCGUGGCUUUAUCCACCGUUCAGUUACCUCCUAUGCUAUUCAGAUUGUCUCUUGUGGWGAGGCAAAGUUAUGCAACUUGGAAUACAUGAUAGAGAGCAGAGAUGGAGGAGAACACAGUGAUCUAACUCGUAUUCCUGUUCCAGUCCAGCUACAUAAAUGGUGCUCUCCUGAAGUAAUCCUUGAAAAAGCUGUCACAGUCAAAUCAGAUAUUUAUAGCUUCUGUGCAGUAAUGCAGGAGGCCUUGACAGAAACUCUUCCCUGGAAUGGUCGUGAAGACUCAGUUAUUAAACAGCUCAUGAGUUCAGGACAGUAUUUAGAAGCGGAUGUCAGACUUCCAAAACCCUAUUAUGAUAUUGUAAAGUCAGGKCUAGAACCUAAGCAGAAGAACCGUUCCAUGAACCUCCAGGAUAUUCAGUAUUUGAUGAAGAAUGACUUAAGGGACUUGACUGAGUCACAGACUGGUCAUGCUGAUGAAAUACCAAAAGCGCAAAGGUCUGCUGUCCUGGCUGACAUAAACAUCUGUUUGGCGUCAGCUUUUAACUACCAGAAAAGAACACUGGGAUUGGAAGGAGAAGAGAUAACAGAGAUGGGCAAUUCUGCUGCCCAAAGAYACUCGGGUUUUCGUGAGGAGUGUGAGGCAUUAGUAGAUGCUGAGAUACCAACCAGUCUACAGCCAGCUGCACAGGAGAAAGGCCAUCACGAUGUAGCUUCUGAGCUGCAGGUGACCUGCAGUGUCAGUGAUGUGGAUGAGAGCCUCUGUAGCUUUGAAAUUAAUGAAAUCUUUGCCAAUUACCCAGAAUUGCAUGAAGACUUUCUGGAAGAAGGCACUGUGGUAGGUCAUAAUCUGAAGGAUAAAAAAGAGCAGCAGAAGGAAGGUAAGGCUACGCUCAGAGACAUAUWUGCAUCCCCCAGAAGGCACUAUGAGGAAAAGCCAGUUUAUGAGGAAGGUGGCUUUUCAGAGUCAGGUACAGAGCACAUUGCAGAAGAGGAGGAAAGAUUAAGUGAAGUGUCUGAGCUGUGCAAGCGAUUGCAAGUGGGAGGAGAUGCAGGGAAAAGAAUGAGUAUGAGUUCAUCCCAGAUUGGGCAGCACAUCAGCAAAUGUGUCCUCAAUCUAAAGAUUGCUCAGAGCAUGUUACAGCAGGCGUCAGGAUCCCUGUGCAGAACAGAGGAGAAACUGAACAUAUUAGAGACUGCUGAGAAACAAAAGAAGCUGCUCCAGAAAAACCAAAUGAUUGAGACUUCCAAGCAGAUAUCUCUAGAUACAUCCUGGAACAGGUUGUCUGAUGACAUUCCUCAAAAUACAAAUAGCUCAUUUUCCAAAGUUAAUGCUUUUUUAUGGAAGGCUAUAGGUCCACCUUCAAAUAACUAUAUUCCACCACUGAUUACRUGUCAGUCACAAGAAAUUCGUGGUGAGGAUCAUUUCCAGGCUAUUCCAAAGGCAGCUGAGAGAACAUGGGCAAUCCAGAAUGAGCAGGAAAAGGGCUUUCAUCAGAGGAAUAAGACUGGAAAUGAAGACAGACUCAGCUUCAGCACAGGCRUAAGCCUGGAUGAUCGAAUGGACCUAGAUCACAAGCAACUACUCCCACGCGUAACUCGGCGAUGCAAAAAAAAGUUCAACUUGCAGCCUCAGAAAGGGGGUGAUUCACGUCCUGCAGCAAGUGGAACUGAAGAAGAAAGGUGGUGCUGUCCCAAAUCAACAGCUGAAACUUACAGUACCAAAAUAAGUGAGGAGAGAAUGAUGCAAGCAGAAUGGAGGACUGAAGUAAAACACAUGGCCAGAAGAGUGGCUUCAGGGCAACUAGAACUCAUCUCUCCAUAUCCACUCAGUGAAUAUACGUCUGAAAGUGAAUGUGAGAGUGUAAAGGAAGCCUUUCAACACGUCACUGUCAGAGUCCAAAAAAGUCAAGACUUGCAAAAUGAUGGCAGGUGGAAGGCAGGUGAAUGUGUCUGGCAUCUGAGUGGUGAGGGGAGAUCUGAAUCUGAGGAGAGUGAUUUGGAAUCUGCAUUCAAAAGUUUUGGAGGGAGAAGUUGCCAGUCACCAUCAAAAGAUGAGCAAGCAGAUUCUGGAACGGCCCAUCAAAAGAAUCCAGUCAUUCCUCAACAAGCCGAGAAUCUCUCCAGCGGGCCAUCAAAGGAAUUGCAUCGUUCCCCUGAUUCAUCUCCUGAUGUGUCUGAAGAAUUUUUGACUCCUGAUCCUGAUUAUUUCCUUCCUCCCACUGUUCAAGAAAACUCAGAACUAGAGACCUCAGUUCCUGACGGUAAAUUAGAAGAUAAUCAAGAAGUCUAUGCACAGACACAGCAACCUGGUGAUGCUGGAUCAGGAGGAAAAAUAUUAUUCUGCAGCACAGCAGCACAGAAUUCUGGCAGUAACACAUUAGGAGUGAAUCAGCUUAGCCAUAUGCCUGUAGCCAGCAUGGAGGCAGCACRAGAAGUGAUACUACAGGAGCCACAGAAGGAAUGCGGAGAGAAAGAUGUAUCACUCACAGAUAUUCAAGAUUUGUCAAGUAUUUCCUGUGAGCAAGAGAGCUACUCUAAAGCUCUGAACUGUAAGACACCCAGAGCAAGUCAUGCACCGACAAGCGUCAGCACUCCCCUGAGCUCAGAGGAAGAGCUUCUAGUAGCCAGUGAGAGAUACAGACACUAUCAUGAAAUGGCAAUGGAUACGUCCUCUUGGGUUUCUCAAGAGAUUUCCUCUUCAGUGUCCAGCAAAUUGACUACAGCCUGUGAAGGAGGAAGGARCACUCAAAUUACCUCUAGUUCUUCAGAAACUUGCUCCUCUGGAUUGAAGAWGUCUAGGAGAUUGUCAGUAAUUGCUUCAUCCGAGAGAAGCACCAGGAAGCAACCAGCGCUCUCACAGGCAUCUAACUACUUCAUUGAUGAGCUGCCUCCACCAGCCCAAGAACUGCUGGAUGAAAUUGAAUAUUUAAAGCAGCAAGAUGGCAGCACUCAAGAUUUCGAAGAGGAGGCAUUGCGUGACCGUGGCGUGCCAGUAAAAGUUUCCGAUCAAAUUAAGAUAGAUGAUGGAGAGGCAAAAAAGGAAACAAAGAAGAAUGAGAAGAGAGAUCAUAGCUUCUGGACUGAAGAGACAUUAAAUCUAAUGGAGGAAACAGAAAGGGCUCAUUCUACUCUGGAUGAUAUUUUAGAAAGAAUGCAUCACGUGGUUCCUGAAGCUGGGGAGAAACAAGAAGGGCCUCAAGUGCACACUUCUAGCUGUUAUUCAAGGRCUGCAAAACGGAAUGAUCCAGGCGAUGGUGGAAUAAAGAAUGGAGUAAAAGAAUGCAGAACAAGAGGAGAAAGCAGAGAGCCAGAAAGCUCUGCCAGGAGUCCAGAAGACCCACAUCAUGAGGAUCAGAAAUUCCGCUUACGGCRUCAGCUAGCGUGGCCUUCUGCGUUCAGGGUAAUUGUAUUGGAUCAGAGCAACCCUCCUACAUGAUGAAAAUGGACAGAGAAUAAAUUCUAAUAUAUCACCAGCUUACUGCAACUUGGGCAGUUGACAGGCUGAACUGCAACCUUUGGCCACACAAACAGUUGUAAUACUCAGAUCUUCUUUAACUGCAGCAGCAAAUACAGAGAAGAGUCCAAUGUUUUGCUUUGUAAAGCAGUUCUUAUUUUUGUGCUAUCAUAGCAUAUCAAAGACAGUAUCCAUAAUACUGCAAAACUAAAUUGUUCUCUGAACGUAACAUCCUUGCAAUCCGGAUGUUUUUUUUCCUGUGGGUGCACGCUUUCCUAAGCAAAAGAAUUUCUUGCUCUAUUGCAUUACACAGUCUUCAGUAUWAUGGACAAAAUGAUUGCAGGCUGCUGUUCCUCUUCAGGUUCUUGUUUAGUUUCACAGUGCUGGGGUGUGGAAUACUGUAUUACAGCCCACAUGGUGUAUGUUUUUUCCUUGCUCAUUAAAUUUAACAAGGUAAUUUCUUGUUUUUUUCUUUUCUGAGUGCUUUUGUAAUCUGAAGUUGAACUGAUUUGACUGAUUAACGGGACUAAUUGCUGUACAAAAAGUUAAUGAGAAAAUGCUGGUGUUAUUCAAAGAUUGCAAGUUAAGUAGUACAUUCACUACAAAUAUCAGACAAAAGAAAGAGAAUCUGGUUAGUUUUAUUAAGAUGCCUGUGUGCUUAAUCAAACUGUGCUUUUAUUAGGCUUAAUCUGAAGAUAUAACUCUGGAUGAGGCUUUCUGAUGGGCACAGCAGCUUCAUGUUUUAACCCUUUUUCUGGCUGAUACUUUGGAACAGGAAGCUUGAAGAUUCUCCUGAUGUGCCUUGGUACCAAACAUGGGRAGCCGAGCUGCCUUCGUGUGGCGUAGGCAUGUGCUGCAUGUUGUUGUUCAUGUACAGAAAUUCUGCGCAUCUGUAAGUGCUAAAUGAGCUCAUUUGGUUGAACAGUACUGGUAAAGGUUUUGAGAUUACCAUCUUGCCAUGUAUGGGUUUCUUUUUC